AUGUAUAAAUGUUGUACAAUCAAAUUAACCCGAAGGCCUCAAAGAAGGACCAAUGGACUUCAACUACCUCUAAAUUACCUACAAAUUUUGGGAUGGAUAGUUUUUGCGGUGACCGCUUUAGUAAACUUCUUGUUGGUUGUUCAAAUACAGUUCCAGGAAUUGAAAAGCAUAUCGCUUAUUAUUUAUAGUUUUUUAUAUGUAUUUCACAUUGUUUCUCAUAUUGCGGCUUGUUUGAUGGAUCCGGGCGAAAAAGACUUAAGAAAACAAAAUAUAAACACACUUCCAGAGUUCGAUCGUACAAUCCAUGCCCAUGUUAUUGAAAAUGGAAGAUGCCACCUCUGUAACAUUAAUACAACUGACAAGAAAACAAAACACUGCGGGAUAUGCAACAAAUGUGUGUAUCAUUUCGAUCAUCACUGCAAAUGGUUAAACAACUGCGUUGGUCGAAGAAAUUAUGCUGUAUUCAUAUUAUGCGUUAUUUCUGCCUUACUUCUAGCGGUAUUUACUUUAGUACUGUGUGUUAUAGAUUUUUAUUUCUUUCUUAAAAGUCCACAGAAAUUAAGUACCGCAGCGCAAAACUUUAUAAAUUGUACAGAAAUUGCAAAUAAUUUUGUUAUUGAACAAUAUUGUAAAAAUUCCAUUUCUUUUCUAAUAUUUCUUGUAAUGUUCUCUAUCAGUGCCUUAGCCAUAGCAUGUGCAUUAUUGCAUCUAUUGUGUUUUCACAUUUAUAUAUCACUGUUAGGUAUUUCUACAUAUGAAUACAUUAUGAGAAACACACAUGCGAAAUCUCAAAAUAAUUGUAAGUGUUGUAGAAUGAAUAUAAGAAGACUUUACAUUGUAAAAAACAGUACAACAAGGUCAAAUACUAUUGUUAGUCCUGAACACAACAAUAAACAAAAUGUGGCACAAAAACAAAACACAGAGCCUAGUAUGAAGAAUUUAAUAAAUACUUUAGUUGCCGAUGAAUUAAAUAAAGCAAAGAAGUUUUUUCUAUACGAAAAUAAUAAAAUUCACCCCAGCAAGGAUGUGACGGACGAUAGAAGAUAG